AUGGAUAUUUUCAGGUUAUUGACUAGAGGUGCAUCUGUUAAAAAAGAUCCCAAAAACAAGAAUAUCGGUGACGCUGUUGAAAAUGCCAAAGCAUCAAAUAUUGAAAAGAAUGACAAAAUUGCUGCUGAGAAUCAAAUAACUAAAGAAUUAGAUUUCUUUCACAACAAGAGAAUAAUUAAUAAAGUCAAUUAUAAUAAGGCAAAGGAAACUCAUGCUGAAGAUAAAGAGGAUAAAGAUAAUGAUAACGAAGAAGAUGAGAUUAAAGAAGAAGAAAGUUUGCAAUACCAGAAACCUCUGAUCACAAAUGAUGAAGAAGCUAAAUUGCUUCGUAAAUCUAACAAGUCUAAUGUUUCAGGUGAAGACAUUCCGUUACCUAUUGGCUCUUUUGAAGAUUUAAUUACUAGAUUUUCAUUCGAUAAACGUUUAUUGAAUAAUUUGAUUUUAAAUCAUUUUACAGAACCAACUCCAAUUCAAUGUGAGGCUAUCCCAUUAGCUUUAAAUAAUCGUGACAUGUUGGCAUGUGCACCAACAGGUUCUGGUAAGACUUUGGCAUUUUUAAUACCACUAAUACAACAAGUCAUAAAUGAUAAAGAUACACAAGGUUUAAAAGGUUUAAUUAUUUCACCAACCAAAGAAUUAGCAAAUCAAAUUUUUUUGGAAUGUAUCAAAUUAUCAAAUAGAAUAUUUUUAGAUAAGAAACGUCCUUUACAAGUUGCAUUAUUAUCUAAAUCAUUAAGUGCAAAACUUAGAAAUAAAGUUAUUAGUGAUAAAAAAUACGAUAUAAUCGUUUCUACACCAUUGAGAUUGAUAGACGUUGUUAAGAAUGAAGCAUUGGAUUUAUCACAAGUUAAACAUCUAAUAUUUGAUGAAGCUGAUAAACUGUUCGAUAAAACUUUUGUUGAACAAUCGGAUGAUAUUUUAAGCUCUUGUAGCCAUUCUUCAUUAAGGAAAUCGAUGUUUUCCGCAACUAUUCCAUCAAAUGUUGAAGAAAUCGCUAAAUCUAUCAUGAUGGAUCCUGUGAGAGUAAUAAUUGGUCAUAAAGAAGCUGCAAACACAAGUAUUGAACAAAAAUUAGUUUUCUGUGGUAACGAAGAAGGUAAACUGAUUGCCAUUAAGCAACUUGUUCAAGAAGGUGAAUUCAAACCACCGGUGAUAAUAUUUUUAGAAUCCAUUACAAGAGCAAAGGCAUUGUAUCAUGAAAUGAUGUACGAUAGCCUGAAUGUUGAUGUUAUUCAUGCUGAAAGAACUCAGGUGCAAAGAAAUAAAAUUAUUGAAAGAUUCAAGAGUGGUGAUUUAUGGUGUUUAAUUACUACAGAUGUUUUAGCUCGUGGUGUCGAUUUUAAGGGAGUAAAUUUAGUUAUUAAUUAUGAUGUUCCAAGAACUGCACAAGCGUAUGUCCAUAGAAUCGGUAGAACUGGUAGAGGUGGUCGUUCAGGUAAAGCCGUCACUUUUUACACAAAAGAAGAUUCUAUUGCAAUUAAGCCAAUUAUUAAUGUCAUGAAGCAAAGUGGUAGUGAAAUCUCAGAAUGGAUGGAAAAAGUAUCUAAGAUGACUAAAAAGGAGAAAGAAUUGGUUAAAAAGGGUAGAGCGCAUUCAGAACGUAAGCAAAUAAGUACUGUUCCUAAGAUUGAUAAGAUCAAAAGAAAGCGUAAAUUAGAAAUGAUUCAAGCAUCAAAAAAGAGAAAGGCGAUUGAAACUAAAGAAACUGAAUAA